UACAUACUGGUUUUAGCAAUUAAAAAAAAAAAAAAAUUUUUUCGUAACUGACUGAGUUGGUCUCUGUGUUGAUGCCGAUUUGCUAAAUUCGCAAUAAAUAGACGCGUGAUAAUGAGUAAUUCAGCAGUUGUCUGUCACCUGGGAUGCAACAAUGAUUGGCAUAGUAUCUAUAGUCCUGGCAGUGCUGCAGGUCAGCUCUGCAGCUAGCGACGCGAACAGCUAUGCCAACAGCACCCCCAUAGAGCUGCUGCAGGCGUACAUACAGAUCAACACCACCACAUAUAAUGAUCUUACGCCGGCAGUAGAAUUCUGGACUGCAUUAGCCGAACUAGCCGAUGUGAGUAUCGAAACUCACGAGCUGGUGGAAGGCUUCCCCAUACUGGUCCUCAAGUGGCCAGGGACAGACAGCAGCCAACCCAGCAUUAUGCUCAACUCGCAUAUGGAUGUCGUUCCUGCUAGUUUCGAGGAUGGCUGGAAAUACGAUCCUUUCCUUGGCCACAUCGACGACGACGGUGUCAUAUGGGGCCGAGGGACGCAAGAUAUGAAGUCGGUGUCCAUACAAUACUACUCAGCGCUUAGGAGGCUCAAGGAAAACAACGUUACGCUGCUCAGAGACAUUUAUAUGACUCUCAUGCCUGAUGAGGAGGUAGGAGCGGAAUCUGGCAUGAUUCCAUUCUUGCAGACUGAUACCUUCGCCUCCAUGAAUGUGGGUGUAGAGCUUGAUGAAGGCUCCCCAUUCCCAGCACCUAUGAUCGCGCUCUUCUAUCAAGACAAAGUUGUUUGGCAGAUACAAGUCACGUGUCAUGGCGUGUCUGGUCAUGGUUCCAGUUUCCCCGCGACGAAUGACACCGCUACUGGCAAGUGCAACAACGUGGUAAACAGGUUGUUCCAGUUCAGAGACGAACAGUACGAAAUAGCAGCCACCGCGCUCCCGACUGCGGCCGGCGGAUACACUUCUGUCAACCUCAACAUAGUGAGCGGUGGAACAGCUAACAAUGUGGUCCCGAGCGAAAUAAGCCUUGUAUUCGAUAUACGUUUGAGUACUACACUCAACGAAGAAGCAUUUGAUGCUCAACUUCGUGAAUGGAUCUCAGAGGCUGGUGACAACAUAACCCUGACUUACAUUUUGAAGAACCAGCAGUCUCCCGCGACUGUCGCCAACUCCACCAACCCUUACUACGUCGCUAUCACUGAAGCAGCCGAGGACCUUGGCAUCACAAUUGUACCGACGCUGCCGCCCGGCUCGACGGACGCUCGUCACGUGCGUAACGCCGGUUACCCAGCUUUCGGCUUCUCCCCCAUGCCCAACACUGAGAUGCUUCUCCAUGCCGUGGACGAACAUGUUGCCGUGUCCGUCUUCAACGACGGCAUUGAUACGUAUGAAGAAAUCAUCACCAGACUGGCUAAUAUACCUGCGAACUCCACAGCUACGGACCAGAGUGUUUAUCUUUAUAGUACAGCUUAAUAAACCAGUACCAGGCUAUUAUUAAACGUGGUUUAAAAAAGUACCAGCUUUUGUACCACCUUUAAACCACCGUCCCGAACAAAAUCAGUGGACUAAAGCUAUUACUAAAGCGGGUAUUUCUUAAAACCGUUUUAUAAUAAGGUUUGUAAUGUUCGAGAAUCGCUAUGCCAGUGUAUUUAAAAUUAGAACCGGAAUUCAAAUGCUAAUAAUUUCACGGGCUGCUAUAAUAAAAUAAAUGCCGAUAUUGACAUUUUAUAACAAUCCGGCUGAGAAAAAGAAAGGGAGUGUUCGGCUUUUGUUUUCUAACUAAGAUUGCUGUGUCAUAAAUAGAAAAAGAUAAAAACCAAAUACGUUAAAACAUAACCUUAGUAAUAUGGUAUCUAAGUCAUAGAAUCUACUUGUAAAUAAAUCUGUAAUAUUUGAUGUACUUAAAUAAUACACUCUUUUGCAAAAAAAACGGGCACCUAUGCGAAAUCUUAGUUUUAAGGACUUUAUGUGUAUUUCAAGGGGUUUUAAUGAUUGUAGUAUGUUUCUAGCAUCAAAAAGGUUAGCCAAGCAUGCGUGAGAGUGUAUUCUAAAUUUGAAAAUUCUACAAUUGCUAAGAAAUUGGUUAAACCUUGUUUUGGACUAAUUGCUGGCAGAAUGUUCAUGGGUGUUUUGAAAAGUUUUUGAAGUGAUUUUCAGAAAAAUUAUAAUGCAGUUUUAAUUAAUGAUUAAUGCACCUUUUUGUUUGAUCAAAACAUUUUUGAAAAGCUAUGCGUAUUUGUAAAAAUUUUCACCUGCUCUAAAUGGUCUAUACUGAUGAUUGAUGGCAAUGUUAAGAGUUUCGGUAUUUUGGUGUGAAGCGUUCCAUUGUUUAGAUAUUGUACCCAUGUGUUUUAAAAUAUCGCUUUUUCAUAAUUAAACACUAUUAAGAGGAGUAUCAGUACCUUAGGUUGCGACAAAACCAAUUUAAAGUAAGAAGUGCCGAUCACAACUCGUCUCAUAUCAGACUUUGACAUUUAAAAAAUACCAAAUUUUGUGAUAAAUGUUAAAAAUAACCACAUAAAAAAUUAUGAAGAGGGUUAAAUCUAUCUAAAAAGUCAAAUGUUUGCCGCGUUGAAGCUCUCGAUAACUCCAUAGGUAUCGGGUUACUAAAUGAUGAUUUGGCUGAAAGGGAGUCAAGAAUUCAAAAUUAUUGGCCAAACGUAUGCUUGUUAAGAAAUGAGCAGAUAGCCAAUUAUUGUUAUGAUUUAAGCAGGAAAGUGCUGUGGAUGCCAGAAAAUCUCGGUGCAGGCAAGUUUAUUUAAUAAAAUGUCCGUGGGAUGAAAACACGCUAAUUGAACGCUCAGACUCAUAGAUCUUCAGAGGUCUACGGAGUUUCCCAAGAGACGAGGUUGUUUAAAAAUCAGUGAUUACGAGACCUUAAGACCUCGUGCUCACAGUCUAUGCGCUAUUUUCUGUAUUUUGUAGAAUUUCAAGACUUUUAAAAAUGUCAAAGUCUGAUAGGAGACGAGUUGUGAUCGGCACUGCUUACUUUAAAUUGACUUUGUCGCAGCCCAAGGAACUGAUACUCCUCUAAAUGGUGUUUAAUUAUGAAAAAGCGAUAUUUUAAAACACAUGGGUACAAUAUCUAAACAAUGGAACGCUUCACACCAAAAUACCGAAACUCUUAACAUUGCCAUCAAUCAUCAGUAUAGACCAUUUAGAGCAGGUGAAAAUUUUUACAAAUACGCAUAGCUUUUCAAAAAUGUUUUGAUCAAACAAAAAGGUGCAUUAAUCAUUAAUUAAAACUGCAUUAUAAUUUUUCUGAAAAUCACUUCAAAAACUUUUCAAAACACCCAUGAACAUUCUGCCAGCAAUUAGUCCAAAACAUGGUUUAAUCAAUUUCUUAGCAAUUGUAGAAUAUUCAAAUUUAGAAUAGACUCUUACGCAUUCUUGGCUAACCCUUUUGAUGCUAGAAACAUACUACAAUCAUUAAAACCCUUUGAAAUACACAUAAAGUCCUUAAAACUAAGAUUUCGCAUAGGUGCCCGCUUUUUUUGCAAAAGAGUUUAUUAUCUAUUAUAUCUUUGUGAUAGUAAGGUAAUGGACAAAAUAUUUAAAGAUGUAAUUAUCCUAUUUUUAUAUUUACAAAAUAAACAUACUUAGAUUGUUUUGAAAUGACUUUAUUUAA